UGUCCUUAACAGCUUUCUGUUGCCGGCCAAAUAAUAUGCAGUUAGACCUUGCUCGUCUGUUGCCGUUUGGAUUUUUGGGGUGCACGCUUGUGUGUGCGUUAUAUCUCACCUCCAUCCUCCCUUGUGUCUUGUGUUUAUUUGGUGUGGGUGCGUGAGUGUGGACGCAUCCAUGGAUCUCUACUUCCCACUAGCUUUCUGUUUUGCAUGUGUUAUCUUCAGCACGUUUUCCCCCUUAGCAGGUGCUGCUGCUGCUUUCUCAUGAUUUACGAAGAUGUACUUCGUCAGAUGUUAUAAAUACCAAGACGCCCAUGUUGUCUCCUUUCUGACAGAUUUUUGUGUCUUGCAUACUUUCCAAGUAUCCCAGCCCCAUGGAGAAACAUGUUGUGGCUGUAAAAACCGUGGAAGAGCGAACAGAUUUGUCAACAGGAAUUGUAUACCGGAAAAGGAUUGCAACAUGCCAGAAUGUAAUUCCACACUUUUUAAGACAGAUCAGUGUCCUAAAAGUGUCUGAAGUCUACCUAGAAGAAGAAUCUUGGCUUAAUAUGCAGGAAAGAAUUAUGUCUAUGAAGACUCAGUGUCUUACAUGGACGCAGUAUGCCACUCUAAAAGAAGAGUCAGUCUUCAGGGAAAGUUUGGAAAAUCCAAACUGGACAGAAUUCAUUCAGAAAGGCAAAGUGUCAAUAAAAGGGGCAGGUCUGCUGAAUUGCUUCCUGGAAGUUUUUGCACAAACCUUUUUAAAUCAAGGAGUUAAAAAGGGUAUUUCAAUAAUGGAGAAACUUCUACAAGAACAGUUUGGGAGCCCAUUUUUGUAAAGAGGAAAAGAAAAGAAAACUCCAUGUGUCUUAAGAUGAACACAGCAGCAUGUCUACAUUACCAGGCCUGCUUCUUGGUGAAGCUAACUUUAUGGGUUACAAUAAUGAAAAAGGGAAGACUGGGUGAAAGAAGACAAUGGUCUACCAACUAAGUAACAUAAAUGAAAUGACACAAUUUAAAAGUCUGUGAACCAGUAUGAUCAAGGAGAAUGAGAGUGUAGUUUGACAAGUACAUAAUUGUGUACUUGUGCUUUAAUCUCCAAAGACUAGUAAUCGAAAAGAAAAUCCACAAAACUGGUUCUGUGGAGAGACCAUCAGGCAAGAGGAACAAGAUCUUCCUCCUGUUUUAGUACAUGGUCAGUAGCCCAGGGCAGAGAAUCUAUUCCACAGCAGUGCAACUGAAAUGCAGACAUUUUAUUAAUACUUUAUUAAUAGGUACUGUGAAUUUGUAUUGUAUGAAGCUUCCACAUGAAUUCCAAGAUUAUUUUAGUUUCAAAGUAUGUGUAAUGCAAAAAACAUUAUUUAAAAACCCACAAAUAGAUAAUAUUAAUAUUUUUCAGGUUGGCCAAUCUAUCCCUCUAAAAUGUGAAACACUGCAAAACUUGGCUAGCUGUUCAAGUCUGUAAAAGCUUCUAAAAAUUUGUAUAAACUUUCUGUAUUCAUGCUGAACUCCAGUGGCAACCCCCCUGUGUUUAAAGAGGAUAACCUUGUUUAGUCUUUCAGGACUGCUAAGCAGAUAGCUGCCAUCUAAUUAAAUUGUAGCUUGACAUGAGGGCUCAAGUUUUGUUUCUUGAACCUUUGUGGUGGUGGUUUUUAAUUUGUAUGUGUGUACACCAUUUUAUUUUCAUAAAUGAAAUUUUAUUUGAAUAUUUUUUCUGAAAUAAAAGUAAACUAAGGGCAUAUUCUCAAAUAUUAAUAAUAUGUAAUGUGUACCAUACUGCUAAUAAGAAGUACUUAAACAUCUGCAUGUAUAAAAAUUUCCCUUUUAUUGGCAUAAACAUUGUCAGCAUUAUAUGUUAGGCAAAGUGCUGGGAGGACAGUUAAUAUCUACACAGAGGUGGUAACUCCUCUGCAUUGCAUGGACAUUGUAGACAUUAUAUGGUCUGUUGGAUAAUACUUAGGUAAACACUCUGUGUUAGAAAUAUUUAAGUCUUGGUUAAAGUACGUUCUGAAGUAGUAGGGAGGAUUAUGUUGUUUUGACAUAAAAUCAUGUCCUUUUCAACCUUGUCACCUACAGUUUUAUGACUGAGAUUGCUAGAGCAGUCUGGAUUGAAUUUAGAUUUACCAGGCACAGCAGUUAUGUCAGGUCAUUUUUAAUUCAUUUCCUUCAGCAAUGAGCCAGCCUAACCAGUCAUUUGAACAGCAAUUUGACAGCUGGCUAAUGGGACUGAAAAGUGUGCCAGUCGCCAUGCUAGCUGCCUCCUUUUCCCGCUGUCCUUUGCUGAACACAUUGAAGGCAAGAAGAGAAAAAGAAAGACAUAUCUUCCCAAUCAGUGCUGAGAAACAACUGAGGCCCUUCCGUCUUAGAUCCAUGAUGUAGGUGUUAAAACAGGAAGACAACAGAGAGAGAGGAAAAUUAAUGUGCAUUUGAAAUUAAUUGCAAGUAAGGUUGUAGGAUCCUCCGUGGCACAGAGUGGUAAGUGGCGGUAACGCAGCCGAAGCUCUGCUCACGGCCGGAGUUCGAUUCCAAUGGAAUGAGGAAGUCGAAUCUCCGGUAAAAGGGGUCGAGGUCCACUCAGCCUUCCAUCCAUCCGUGGUUGGUAAAAUGAGUACCCGGCAUAUGCUGGGGGGUAAAGAAAGGCCGGGGAAGGAACUGGCAAAGCCACCCCAUAUAUACGGUCUGCCUAGUAAACGUCGCAAGACGUCACCCUAAGAGUCAGAAACGACUCGCACUAAAAGUGCGGGGACAUCUUUACCUUUACCUUUUUAAGGUUGUGGUAUGAAUAUUGCCACUGUCAGUAUAUCAUAAAGUAUUGGUAGCAUGAGAAGAACCUACUUGAGCAUUAAGCAGGUCUGCGUUUGCUCGGAUGAGCUACCCAGUACUGUUGUGAAACAACAUCUGUUUUGUCUGGGAACUUUCUCAGGUCCUCGAGAAUUAAAUUUCACCUGCUACCUAGAACAUACUAUCUGUUAAACUGAUACCUGCUGAUUAGUGCAAUCACCUCAACUCCUGUUGAGCCCAUUCAGAUCUUGCUCAGUGCCCCACUGCUCUCAGGCCAUGUGGAUCAGGACAGAAUCCUUUUAGUUCAUGUAGAAAUCUUGCAUUGUUUCUUGAGUUACAACCUUCCAGUUGAAGAGGUCUAGAUUUAAAUAACUAUGUUAACCCAAUUGCAAGUUUGUUUCAAGUAUGCUAUGUGCAAUUACAGUGCCUUGCAAAAGUAAUCAGACCCCUGACCAAUGCUCUCAUAUUA